GCUGCAGAAAACCCGCGUAAAUGGCAGAAAAGCAACGUAACGUUUCAUUAUAAGGAUAAACCCCAAAUAAAUAUUUCGCUUACUAGAGUUUACAGUCAAGGAAGGCGUGCAAUGUUAAUUUCGGCUUUUCAUCACCUACACUGAUCUGAAGUGUGCUCUUUGUGUUCACUGGUGUAAACCCCAGUAAAGGGGGAAGCGAGAAUAAACGUGCGAGUCACAUCUCCAGCGGAGCUGCACUUCCACCUUUCAGCCAGACAGAAAGUGCAGGCUGGCCGACGAAGGGACGCGGGGCUCCCGAUGACACCGUAACCUGAUCACGCCGCUCAUGGCUGGAUGAGAUCCCCUAGUGUCCCAUUACGAAUACGGACAAAACCUAAUACUCAGGAAGAAAAAAAAGAACGAAAAACGUUCUCACCUAACGCGAUGAUAACAUCUUAGAAACGAAACACUCCUGGAAAGCUUUGCACGGCAGCAACAUGGACUUUAAUCUAAACUGGAGAAAGUAAGGAAAACGUACAAACGUACACUGAACCAAUGCUUGGCCACUGGUUUGGUAGUUUCAUCAAGUUCAUCUGGUUCUGUGGCAUACAGACAAUAGCAGCGCAAAAACCAUGCGAUGCAGUAUCGGAACUGGGCCCCUUUGUCCAAAUGGGCUCAAGCUUUAAGGUUUACUGCGUCUUUCGCAACGUCGCAAAUCACAACUGCAAAAAAUCUAUCCAUCUGAACAAAAUCCAGAUACAUGACUCCUUUGAGCACAAUUCCACUGCAAUAUUUGUAAAUAUAAAUAAUAUAAUGGAGAACAGGACAUACACUUGCAAGUGUGCAUGCUGUACGGAUCCUUGUGGACUCGAUCUGCAGGUUGGAUAUCUACCUGACGUACCUCAGGACGUGUCAUGUAGCCUGAGCAGAAACGUCGGAAAUAUCACGUGUACAUGGACGACGGGAAGAAAGACAUACCUUAGAACCACGUCGACGUUAUGGGUGAGACCGCAGGGCCACAGCGGCGGCGCGCAUCCCGUCUCCGUCCCCGGCUUUGACUCCGUCACUUUCCCAGCCUUCGGUGUUUGGCCGCAUUACUCCGUGUGGGUCAAUGUGUCAAACAAACUGGGCAGCAUCUGCUCUCCUCCGCUUAAUCUCACCCUCAGUGACAUCGUGAAGCCUUCACCGCCGGACACCAUCAAGGUGAGCUGUGCCUCUCGCCAGUGCGUCCUGCACUGGAGCUACGAAGCAGAUAUACAGCUCCACCAGGUCAAGUACAGGCAGCACCAUGGAAACUGGACGAUCCGUCCCAUAAUUGAGAAACAGGACAGCGCGGCUGGCGGCUGUACCAUCUCCGAUCUGCAGCCCUACACGGCGUACGACUUCCAGAUCAGGAACAGGUUAAGCCCCAGCCAGGGACUGUGGAGCAAAUGGAGCGCAGUCAUACCCGACAGGACUGAUGAAGAAGCGCCGAUUCGUUUAGAUGUCUGGUAUAUUGAGGAAUCUUUCAGUUCUGGAGAGAAGUCACUCACAGUGCUCUGGAAGGAGCUCAGCGAAUCAGAAGCCAGAGGGAGGAUUCUGGGAUACAAGCUGAAGGUCGAAGGUUUCUCAGCGAGGGGGGUCAGAGAAUACAACACCCCCAGCAACCAGACCAGAGUGAGAGUCACCUGCUCCUCCUGCACCAUCUCCGUGACUGCCUUCAACUCCAAAGGUCACUCCCCCCCAGCCCUUAUUAACAUCCCUCAGCAGCGAGCUGAUCCCCCUCAGAAUGUGGUCUGCCAGCCCCUCAGUGAUCACAGCAUUGCCAUCUCCUGGCAGACACCUGCUACUACAGAAACAGUGAAAGGUUAUUUAGUGCAGUGGUUCACUGCUCAUCUACGUGGACAGGACCUCCAGUGGAAAAGGGUGGGCCAUAAUGAGCUUCGCACCAGCAUAACAGAAAACAUUCAGCCAUUUGAAUGCUACCGGGGAGCUGUGUUUGCCUUGUAUGAGGAAGGGUCCGGAAAGCAGGAUUUUAUAGAUGCACAUUCUAGGGAAUCAGCUCCGACACUGGGCCCGACCCCGAUCACCAAGGUAACGGGUGACAGCGUGACCGUGAGCUGGAGCGGAAUCCCACUGGAGCAUCAGCGAGGCUGUCUGAAGGACUACAUCAUUUACCUGAAGAGAGAGGGAGGGGGGGAGAGUCGACACGGUCCAGUGAAGGCCACACAGAGGAUGUUCAGCAUCAGUGGGUUGAAACCUGGAGAGUACAGCCUCUUAAUGAGCAGCAGGACGGGUGCUGGAGAAGGUCCAAGAGGAGGUUUGGCGGCCUUUUUGAUCUUACAGAAUGACACAAAGGGUUUCAUUAUAACUCUGGCGGUUUUACUGUGCUCUUUCCUGCUGCUGGUCAUUUACCUGUGUCUCACAAAAGCGAAAAGAUUUCUGCCCAAGCCCGUGCCAGAUCCAGCCAACAGCAAAUGGGCUAAGGAGUGCACAGCCACUAAGGGUGAAAUGACGCUGGAGUUGCAUCUCAACUGCUCGGCUCUGGACAAAGAACCCCACACCGUGGAGAUCGAGGAGAUUGAAGAGAAACAGGCUUUGACUGUCAUAGAGGAACCUGGUGAUUUGUCUGCUCCAGAGGGGAGUUCCAGCGAGAUGCCCACGGCACUAGUGACCUGCGCUGUCAACCAGAUCAAGCCAGUGUGCUCUUACAUCAAAAGUCUUUCCCACGAAUCGGAUAACUCUGUCCAGACAGAGCUGUCUACAGUCACAGAUAUAACUGUUGACUAUAUCUCCUCAAAUGGACUGUUGGACAUGGACUGCGAGAUGCUGGGAGAUGAUGUGGUGGAAAGCGAUUUCUUCCCAAGCUUCCAGAGUCCCUUCUCAGAGCCUUUAGUGUCCUUUGGGGGCAGGUUGACCCUAGACAGUGUGAAGAUGGACUGGAAUGGACUAUUUAACUGAAACCUAGCUUAACACACAGACUGCAAUUAAUAGGUGUAUUUAUAUGUGAUAAUACACAACCUGCAAAGUUAGGUCCCUUAUGCUGGAGAAUUCAGAAUGCUUGUGUUUUUAUUUUAAGUCACCCUGAAUUUUUACCUCACAUUUGUUUAUAAAGCUAAUCAAGCUGGCUAUAGGAUUACCCCCCAACCCCACCCCACAAAAAAAACCCCUCAGGAACAGGAUCGGUCUGCAUUGCCCGAUAUCACCCAAUGAGAAGUGUGCUAUUGCACUGAUUGGUCUGAUAAUCAGCCCCACCCAUCCUGAGUUUAUUUCUUAUUGCUGUAGUGUUCACCACCAAACUUUGCAUUUCUGCUGGGGCCACCUGCUGGCCAGAAAGUUACUACACUAAUUAUCACACACUCCUUAUUUGGGAUAUGCAGUACUAUGUUUUAACUAGGGCGGCACAGUGCUUCACAGCAAGAAGGUCCUGGGUUCGAUCUCGGGUCCUUUCUGUGUGGAGUUUGUACACUUUCCCCGUUUCCUCACACGGCCCAAAAGCGUUCAGGGUGGGUUGAUUGGCGAGUCUAAAUUGGCCCUGUAAUUGGGCGUGGGGCCUGGGUGACCGCACAGGCCUGGUUCCUGUCUGUGCCCCAUGUUCCUGGGAUAGGCUCCGGUGACCCCAUUAAGUGGUGAUGGAUGGAUGUUUCAGCCAAUUAGAAUGAUUGUGACUUUACUCACUUUUUUAAAAAAAAACCUCUAAUUAGAGGGGGGGGGGCUCCUAAUCAUCAUAACAUAUAUAAUAGGGAUGCACCGAUCCGAUACCUAUAUCGGAUGUCGGUCCGAUAAUGGCUUAAAUAGGUGGAUCGGAUAUCGGUAGCAUUUCACGCUUGCUAUGCCAACAAGUUCCACGGCUGUUUGCAAUAUCUGCAGGGAGGCAGCAGCACUGCAAAGUACAACACGAGCAACUUAAUGAAGCUCCUCCAGAAGCGUCCGGCCAAAGAGUGUGAGGAGCUCAACAAAACAAAACCAGGGGAAUGUUUGAAGCAGUUAACGCUACAGGCAGCAUUGCAAAGAUGCGAGAAACUGCCCUGCAAUAGUGUAAAAGCGACAAAAAUAACAGAGAAGGUACUUGAACCCGCUUGCAGUUGUAGAAAAAGAGGGAUUCUGCUGCCUGAUUGAACAUUUUGAACCACGAUACAAUUUAACAUCAUGGAAAUAUUUUUCUGAGACCGCUCUACCGGAGCUGUACAAAAAAAAAAAAGUAUGCAAACACGUACCAAAAAUGAUAAAAGAUGUAACAGCGAUUAGCUUCACUACUGAUAUCUGGAGCUCCAAUGUCUGCCCAUUAGCUUUGAGUUUAACUGCACACUGGUUGGACACGAGAUGCGAGCCUCAAAGCGCUGUGUUUUCAUUUAAUACACUUGCAUUGUUGUAUACGGCAAUUUUAAUUCCCGAAGAUUCCUGCACCUAUUAGUAUACUCAUAACAUUACUUACAUUGGCAUUAGACCAUCUGUUACUUUACUGUUACCAGGCUGUAUUAUGUUAAUAGUAAAUAAUUCUGCUUGUA